ACUGAAGUCUGAAAUCAUCAUCAUCGAAAAAUCGGGAAACUGACCCCAAUCAUAAUUAAGAAGAGCCAUGGCCAAGGAGCUUAUUUCUCUCCAAUACCUCCGACCACCACUUCACAUUACUCGUCAAUUCCUAAGCCUCACUUCUCCUCCUUCAACUCUCAUUCUCCGCCCAAAACCACCGCAAAACCCAAUCUUUAUCCGCACCAGCUCUCACCGGAGCAAAACUUCCCACGACGACGACGGUGUCCCAGCCGACGACGUCAAAACCCUCGCGAAAUUCAAAUCACGGCAUAACUUCAUCAGAGUCAUCGAAGUUUCACGAAAGACCAAUCACCCACUCGCCGGUUCGCGUCUCCUCCUCCUCGACAAUCCGGGUAACAUCCACAGCAUCUCUUUCCUUCUUAAGACCUUAACCGAUAGUUACUUCGACGUUUUCGCUACUCUGCCUCCGAUUAUACCUCCAGGACCCAUUGGUAUUCUCGGAUUCGGAGCUGGUUCAACAGCUCGAUUGAUUCUCGAGCUUUACCCUCCUGACUUCACCGUCCAUGGAUGGGAACUUGACCCUUCUGUGAUUGACGUUGGUAGAGAGUUCUUUGGCAUCUCCAAGCUCGAAAGGGAACAUAAAGAUAGGAUUUUUAUCAACAUUGGGGAUGCUUUGAAUGCUAGUUUGAAAACAGGGUUUUCAGGUAUUUUAGUUGAUUUGUUUAGUAAAGGGAGUGUGAUCAAAGAGCUCCAAGAUCCUAAAGUGUGGGAGGAUUUGAAAAGUAGGUUGAGGAAGAGAGGGAGGAUUAUGGUGAAUGUUGGAGGAAAUUGUGUGGAAGCUGAGGAUUCAGAGAGAGAUGGAGGUUUGGUUAUGGAAGAAACGUUGAAAGCGAUGAGUCAUGUUUUUGGAGAUAAGCUCUUUGUUCUAACGCUUGGCAAUGGGAAUGAUAGUUCUGUGGCUUUAACGGGCGAUUUACCGGAUCUAGACGCAUGGAAGAAGAGAUUACCGCGUAGUGAACUGAGAAGUUACGUUGAUAUGUGGGUACCUUAUAGAGAACACAGCUCGAGACAUUAGCCUUAGAUGAAUAUUGAUUGAUAACUAGUUUAGGUUUUGUGACGGAUGCUGCUGCAAUGUCUUUGGAAUCUCGUUAUGGUGAAUGCGAAGCUAUGAUGAAACUUGAUUAGCUAAUACACAAAACUUGUUCUGUCUCACAUAGUGUUAUAAGUGUACAAAAGUAUUGGCUUGUCCAUUUUGUGUCUUUUUUGUUGAUGAAUCAUCUUCGAGGCUGUCUAUUCCUUCACGGGGAUUGAGAUUUACUCAUUACUGUUAAGCAUGAUUUGUUCUGGUUGGAAGCUAAAUUCAACAAAGAUCCUUGUAUCACUCUGUUUAUUCAAAAUCCAAAAUAUGAAGCUUUUGCA